AUGACCAUACAAUUAUCUCCAAGUGAAUGCAUUCGAAAUAUAAUUUUAUAUCUAGAAGAUGAUCGUAAAAGUUUAUAUUCAUGUCUUAGAGUGAAUCGAUUUUGGUGUAGAAAUUCUGUUCCGAUACUUUGGAAACGACCAUUCGAGAAACGUAUAACAAAGAAGGGAGGAAAAAUCAUACAAACCUAUCUUUCUUCUUUGAACGAUCAGGAAAAGACGAUUUUAAUAGAAAAUGAAAUCAAUAUUUCAACUUUAAAUAGACCAUUAUUUGAUUAUGCAGUCUUUCUGGAAAAUCUCAAAUAUAGAUAUUAUAUUGGAGCAGUGAUUUAUUGGUAUUGUUUGGAAUUUCCUGAACUUUCAACAUUUAAUUCAGUUAAUCCUGGAUUAUCUAAACUCACUAAAUUUAUUUAUCAUGUUAGAUUUCAUUUUGAUUCAAACUUUUUAACACAAACAAUUCAAUUUAUAGAUACGUUUUCAAAUUUUUGUACUAGUCUUAAAUAUUUAGAAGUUAUGUUAAUUACUUUUCCAGGAGAAUGUAUAGUAGCCGAAGCAAUCUCGAAUAUUAUUCGAGUCCAAACUCAUCUUGAAGAAAUUCGAAUUUUAUGUUCUGGAAAUUUUGAUGGAGUUACAUUAGAAGUUUUAUCAACUUGUGAAAAAUUAGAAAAUCUUAAAAGGAUUCCUUCAGAAGUUGUUUGUUCAAUGAUUCAUAAAGGUGGUAAUACAUUACAAUAUUUAUGGCUUUGUUUUAUUACACCAGAAAUAGUUAAUUUAACAAUUAAAUCUUGUCUAAAUUUAAUUAGUUUGACGAUUGAUAUUUCAACGGCAGAUGAACAACAACUUUGUAAAUUAAUUAGUGCAUAUAAAUUAAAAGAUUUAACUAUUUAUGGAGCUGGAGAAGGAUUUGGUGGGAUUUUGGCAUCAAUAAAAGAUAGUUUACCAAUGAAUUUAAGUUAUUUACACAUAGAUUUACGAUUUUCUUAUAGAGAAUUAGAACAUUUCUUAAAGGAUUUAGAAAUUCCCUUAAAAACUUUGAUUUUAGAUAAAAAUGUAAUAUUUGAUUAUUUUUAUUUAGCAGUAAUAAUGAUAUAUUUAGAGAGAAAAAAAACAUUAAGAUAUUUAGGUGUCGCUUGGGGAUCCAAAUUUGGAGAGGAAUUUCUAGAAAAUAUUCUAAGAAGAUUGAAUGAUGAGUUUUGUGUUCACACUGUUUCGUGUAAAGAGUUAGAUGGAUGGUGA